AUGGAGCUGCUGUCCGAUUGCCCCGUGCACACCUCCGUGCCGGACAAGUACGUGUUGCCCCCGGAGAAGCGCCCUUUGCUCCUCAACGACGAGCCCAGCUCCGAUGUCGCCAUACCGGUCAUCGACCUCCACCGUGCCGCCGACGACCGCCAGCGCCACCUGAUCGUCGCCGAGAUCAUCAAGGCCUGCAAGGAGUUCGGCAUCUUCCAGGUGGUGAACCACGGCGUGGCGGAGGACGUGGUGCAGGGGUUCCGGGAGGCGGCGGCGGGGUUCUUCGGGAUGCCGGCGGAGGAGAAGCUGCCGUACCGCUCCGAUGACCUGAGCAAGCACUUCCGCGUGUCCUCCAGCACCCCCUAUGACCGGAACGGGGACCGCUAUUGGCUCGACUACCUCAAGAUCAACUGCCACCCGGUCACCGACGAGCACGUCCGAGAGUGGCCGGAAAAGCCGGCAAGCUUCAGGAGCUCCCUCGCCGAGUACUCCGCGGCGGUGCACGAGCUUGCACAGACGCUGCUCCGGCUCAUCGCAGAGGGGCUCGGCCUCGACGGUGGAUUCUUCGCCGGCGACCUCAGCGGCGGCAGCACCCAGAUGAACGUCAACUACUACCCGCCGUGCCCGGACCCAAGCCUCACGCUGGGCCUCCUCCCGCACUGUGACCGCCACCUCCUCACCGUGCUCUCGCAGGGCGACGUCGCCGGGCUGCAGGCAAGGCACGGCGGGGGGUGGCUCCUCGUCCGCCCGAUCCCAGGCUCCUUCGUCGUCAACCUGGGCCACCAGAUGGAAAUCAUCACCAACGGGCUCCUGGCCAGCGUGGAGCACCGCGCCGUGACGAACACCGCCGCGGUGAGGCUGUCGGUGGUGACCCUCAUCAUGCGCAAGAUGGAGUGCCGCAUCGGGCCGGCCCCGGAGAUGGUGAACGAGGCGACGGGACCGGCGAAGUUCAAGGAGUUCGAGUUCAGCGAGUUCAUCAAGGCCUACAGCGCCGCCGCCGCCAGCAGGGAGGACGUGCUCCACUACUUCAGGAUCCACCGCUAG